UGCUUUAUCUUUGACCCCCCUCUCUCUCUCUCUCUCUUUCUUUCCCUCAUUUGCCCAAUCAAUUUUAUUACUACUACUCUCAAGCAUCUCUUUCCCGUUUCUUCUCUUUCUUUUAUUUCUCAUCCCCACACCCACAGGUAUCAACAGGCAAUGAGGAGCUCCUUUACACACUACUGUUUUUCAUCCAAAGCAAACCAUUGGCUUCUCAUCCUCUGAAAUUAGGUUAGAGCUAGAGGAGUAUACAUGUUGGGUCGCUGAUGGAAGGUAUUACAGUUAUGAGAAUGGGUGAUGACUGUUGGAUUUGUUGGAUAUGAUCUGUAUGAAGUGUAUCUGUUUCAUCUGAUGGCCUCAAAAACAGGUGCCAGAUCUUCCCCUCAACAGCCACAAAAAGCUCCUGGUGCUCAUCGAACAGAGGCUGAUAAUGGCAGGGCUUUGACUUCACAGGUCUCAAAGACAAGCAAACCCCAGCUGGUUACUGCCGAAAAAUUACCAGUAUCUGGACAUAUAACAACAAAGCAGGUUAUAGUGGAUGUUUUGAGGAGUGAAAAGUCACCAAGUGGUGAACAAGCAUCAACAAUAGUAGCUGCUGCAGUAAAAGAGACAAGAAGCUCAUCAGGAGUAUUGGUUGAUCAAGAAAAGAGAACAUCUGAGAACAGGAGCAUGAAGAAUAGCUCAGUUUCUGCCAAAAUUAGUGACGGGGCCAGUAGUUUUCCCAAAACCAGUGGAAGUGCCAAAAUUAGUGAUCAUGCUGAUUUUGUUGAGAGUGGAAAGAGCAGUAUGUGUAGAGGGAGCACAAGCACUGAUAUCAGUGAUGAUAGUACUUGCAGCUUCUUUAGUAGCAGCGUCAACAAGCCGCAUAAAGCAAACGAUUUGAGAUGGGAAGCCAUCCAGGCUGUCCGAGUGAGAGAAGGGGGCUUGGGUUUGAACCAUUUCAGAUUGCUGAAGAGGUUGGGCUGUGGGGAUAUUGGGAGCGUCUAUCUGGCUGAAUUAAGUGGAAUUAAGUGUUAUUUUGCAAUGAAAGUUAUGGACAAAGGGUCUCUAGCAGGUCGUAAGAAGCUUCUUCGAGCCCAAACGGAGAGAGAGAUUCUGCAGUCAUUGGACCACCCCUUCCUUCCAACUCUAUACAGCCACUUCGAGACGGAUAAGUUUUCAUGUUUGGUGAUGGAAUUCUGCCCUGGAGGAGACUUGCACACUCUUAGGCAGAGGCAACCAGGAAAAUAUUUUACUGAGCAAGCUGUAAAAUUUUAUGUAGCCGAGGUCCUGCUAGCAUUGGAAUACCUUCACAUGCUUGGAAUUGUCUACCGUGACCUUAAGCCGGAAAAUGUCCUUGUGAGGGAAGAUGGACACAUAAUGCUCUCAGACUUUGAUCUUUCGCUCCGAUGUGCUGUUAGCCCAACUCUUGUCAAGACAUCGUCCCUUGAGGCAGAGCCCCUUCGGAAGAACCCUGCUUAUUGUGUCCAGCCUGCUUGCAUUGAACCUUCCUGCAUUCAGCCUUCCUGUGUAGUUCCCACAACAUGCUUCUCUCCCCUUCUCUUUUCUAGCAAGUCGAAGAAGGACCGGAAACCAAAGAAUGAAGUUGGAAACCAAGUAAGCCCAUUACCUGAGCUCAUGGCUGAGCCAACCAGUGCACGCUCUAUGUCAUUUGUAGGGACCCACGAGUACUUGGCACCUGAAAUUAUCAAAGGUGAAGGUCAUGGAAGCGCUGUAGAUUGGUGGACAUUCGGUAUUUUUCUAUAUGAGCUGUUGUUUGGUAAAACACCAUUUAAGGGAUCUGGAAAUCGAGCCACGUUGUUCAAUGUUGUGGGACAGCCUCUUCGUUUUCCAGAAUCACCAGUUGUCAGUCCCUCUUCAAGGGAUCUUAUUAAGAAGUUACUUGUGAAAGAGCCUCAGUACAGAUUGGCAUAUAAAAGAGGGGCAACUGAAAUCAAGCAACACCCCUUUUUUGAAGGAGUAAAUUGGGCAUUGAUACGCUGUGCUACCCCUCCGGAUAUCCCCAAGCUGGUUGAGUUUGAUCGAAUACCGGCCCCAGCUGCACCAACAAGUGAAAAGACUUCUUCCAUUGCUUCUGAUAAAAAAAGUUCCGAUAACUAUCUGGAGUUUGAUUUCUUCUAGUUAUAACAAGUUGUUUUUAUUUAAGGGGAAACAUUUGUUCUGAAAGGUUCAGGGAUUGUUAAUGGUGGGGGACGGCGGAGCUUUCUUAUUCAUAGAUGAACAGAACGGUAUGUUUGUUGUUGCUUCCUGUAAAGGUUUCAGAUCUGUAUUGCUUUAACCAUUGCAUAUACUCCAUUCAUUUUAGGGUUUUAACUAGCUUGUGCAUUAUAUUGGUCAAACUCUGGACCAAGCUUGUGCUCGGCACCUUAGUGACCUGUGAUCAGGAGGACAAAUCAGUGGUGGCUUUAAGAGGAACUCAAAAUUGGGUACAUGAUAAAAGAUUUCCGCCAUCUUAUUUGUACAAAUAUUUUUUGACAUUUCUGUGGAAAAUCUUUUUCAUUGUAGCACCAAAGUUUGAAUGUUUUUUGUUGUCAUUCUAAGAUUGAUAUGUUUCUUCCUA